AUGGAUGAUGGCCAACUGUCGCCGCUGUCUGCCAGUGAUCAUGAAACAUCGUCUUCCUUCAGGCAGCUGACCAGCGACAGCUUUGGAGCCUCCUCACCAAUAGGGGAUACACCGAGGCACAAGGUUGAAAAAGCAACCCGACAAGGAGCCAAUGAACCAAGAUCCGGGGGUGGCCUGACAGCGGUGUUGAAAGAAGAGGAGGAUUGCUUGCUGAAGGUUCCUGGCCACGUCCAUUUCGAUGAAACGGUGUACCUGACCCCCAAGGCCAGCAAAAACAAACCUCUGAAGCUCAUCGGCCAUCAUCUGGAACCAAAGCCAGAUCCUGGGCAGACUGCGGGCGAGAAUGGCGAGGACGCAGCGGAGUCUGGAGAAUCCAAGGUGCUUCAGCCGCCACCGCCACCGCCCAAAUCUGCCAAGAGUUCCAAGCGGCCACACAGAGUCGUCAAGUAUCCGAAGCAUCCGCCGCGUCUGCCAACGGCCAAGCCGCAACAAAGAGACGAACUGGACAUGAGGAUGGAGGUCUGUGGAAGCCCACUCCGUUCAGCUCCCGAAGUAGAAGAUGGGGCGCCAGGCCUCUGGCAGGCGGAGCUCAGAUCUGAUAUUGGCGCAGAGGAGCACGUCGAAGACGUCUCUUCAGAGCGACCAGCUAUGCCCCCGAAGCCUCGACGGCGUCCCCCCGGAGGAGUCGUUCACAGCGUCAGCAAAGAAGCGAUGACUGGGGAGGAGGAGGAGAAAACUGAGGUCAUUGAGUCAGCUUCCUCAUUUGUGGAGCUCGUGCCCUGCUUCCCUGGAGAUAAAAGUGCGUCGCCCCGGCCACCUGCCAACGCCCAGCCGAAGAAAGCUGAUACGCAGGGACCCAAGCAGCGGCGGCCACGAAGGAAGAAGCCGAUGCUUGUCAAGCGAUCGCACACCAUUGAGAGAACUGAAGGAGGAGAGGCUCUGCCCAGGGAGUUUGCGAAAAUCUCGCACAUGAUAGCCACUACCCGAGCCAAGCAGCAACUCCCACAGAAAGACGCUUCAGAGCCUGACCAAGAGGAAGCCGUUGAGACAGCUUCAGUCGAAAUCCAAUGCGAGUCCUUCAGUGGUGACUCUCCUGGUCCGCUUGGAUCAAGCAGGACGUUCAUGCUGUUUCGCUGUGAACCAGGUUCCGUUACUUUGCAGAACUGGCGUCGCUUGGAGUAUCCCCGUCCGCCCAUGAGCAAGCUAGAGCUUUAUUUGCAUUGCUUUGCAGACCGUUUUCCUGGCGCUCUUGACUCAGAGUCCCUGGCCAACAAG